UGUUAGAUGCCCACGAACUUUCUAACAUUACACUACCAUUUGUACUACUAAAAGUGCAAAGAUCAACGUAAAGUCUACCGCAGGUGUGCUUUUCUUUCAAGUAACCAGAUCACACGAAGAUUCCUGGUGGAAUACUUCCGUGUGGCAGGCUUAUAACGUAACAAAAGGCUCGAACGCAAUUAAAGGCGAAAUAAGAAGACGUUACAUGAGCUUUGUGACCUUCCUACACAACUGUAGCUUGCGUUGCGUCUUAAUAAUUAGUGAAGUCAAUUUCCACACCGGCGUUGCUUCACCACCCCUCAGUGAGUGUAUAUCUUCUCCCUAGUCCCUUUGUUAUAUAAUAAUAGUCACACUGUGUGUGUAUUAGGUGGGAAAUAUGAGGUGUAGUCAAUCUCGCGGCUCCAAGAGGGCCGGUAAAACCAGACCAAUAAUUCAAGACCCAGUACAAACGCCCGCCAUCGAGGACAACCCAGUAAACCCAGCGCCAGUUAAAAGACGCAGAAACGAGAGUCAACGACCACCGCCAAAUAUGGCACUGCUACCAGAUGUGCCAGAAGAAGAUUAUCAUAGUUUAGUAAGAGGUGUCUAUUACCACCAUACCAAACUCGAAUGGCGAGCAACCUGCAGGGACCCUUUUAACUGUUCAAAAAGAUCCCAACGCACUUUUGGCGUACGCAAAUAUGGAUUUUAUGAAGCAAAGAUGAGAGCAGAAGUUGCAGCGGAUGAGUGGGAUAAACAUAGGCAACUGCUUAAUAUUCUUCAUACAAUUACACCUUCUAAUAAAAAGAGGGUAAUUGAAAACAUUCCAUAUCUUCAAUUUCAUCCAUAUGGAAAUUAUCCGCAAUACUAUGACUAUGUACCUCAAAGUGAAGCGGAAUCUUCUACUUGCUCACACGCGGUUCCAUUGUAUUCCGCCAUUGCAAAUCAAUUGAUGCAGAUGUGAGCUUACAAUUCUCUUUCUACUA